AUGCCCGCCGUGGUCCAAACCAUGCCCUCUCAUCCCGGCCCCAUGGACUCGACCAUACCCGCCUCUUCCACUCCUACCGACAAGAAGCGCAACAAGUUGGGCUAUCAUCGCACCUCUGUCGCAUGCGUCCACUGUCGCCGUCGCAAGAUCCGCUGUCUAGUCGCUGCCGAUGAUGCCCAAGGUCGCUGCGAAAAUUGUAUCCGUUUGCGCAAAGAGUGCCAGUUCUACCCUGUCGACCAGCAGCCACCGGUAGAAAAAAAAACUCGUCCGAAUUCGCGACUCGACUCUUCUGCUUCCACCGAUCCCUCUACUGCUUCUUCUUCGCCUCCGAUCCUCAGCGGUCCCCUCGAUCAGCAACAACAGCAGCAACAACAACAACAACCACCACCACCACCACCAGAAGCAUUCUUUUACCAGCCGAUGCCGUUGAAUGCCACUCCAAAUGUCCAUGGAAUACCACCAAAUGCGCCUUUUUCCGGGAACAUGCCGCAGUUUGCGCCAGGCGAAUUCGCAUCCGCUCCUCUCGAAUCACCCGUCCCCUGGGAUGAAUUCACCACGAUCCCUAAUGAUCCCCAAAUGCUAGCGACUCUCAAUGCCGCAAAACCACAAUCUACCAUGAUCGACCUCAGCCCCACCAGUGUCUGGAGCGGCGACAUGAGCUCGAUUCCCUCCAACGCUUCGUUACAAGCAACACCGACUGUCCCCUCGCAGCAACCCGCUCAAGCGCUUGAUGUCGCAAACACCCCCGCUCAAACAAUCACCAUGCCAGACGGUACGGUCUGGCAAGUCCCUCCACAACCGGCACGGUCCAUGACGUUCCCCGAUAUGGCUGCAUCAUAUCCACCACCCCCGGCUUCAACGCCGAAUCAGUAUGCGCCACCGAUGGACCCCGAUGCAAAACACAGUGCCUCCCCCGCGGCAGAUCCAAUGCAGACCAUGACCAUGUCCAUGUCAUAUCCCGGCACGCAGGUCCCCGGCGCCAUGGGAUACCCCGUAUGGCCAGACGCGAGUGGAAUGGCCGGGAUGAACGUCGUAUCCUACCCAGUAUUCACCCCGGAGGCACCACAGCAGGGGACACCAUUCGGGAGUCCGCCCCCAAUGGCACAGGGUCAUCCAGGACACUCGCCUCAGGGGUAA